CGGUGUUGGGCUGCAUUGCUCUGAAGUUUCUGCUACAGAAACUCUCCAUGUGUGCGCAUGUUCGUUCACAUUGUUGAACAGCAUCUUUUUUCCAUGCAUAAAUGCUUCCUGAUGGUUGGCAGGCAUUGGCUAUGACUACUACAUCUUUCCUGCAAUUUUGCUGCACUCAAGUCUUGGAGGCAUCAUAACCCUCUGAAUGAAUCCACCUCUUCUUCGAUCCUGGUGGAAUCACUAGCCAUGAUAUCGUGUACCAGCGUCAGGCGCUUUGCUCUGCUAGCUUCUGCAACUAUUGUCAUCCUAGGUAGCAGCUGCUGCAGUUGCUUGCAGUUCAGCUACCCCACCUUCGACACAGCCAACAAGGUCGAUUUCAGCUUUAGCCCAGGCUCGGGAGUCGCAAAUGGAUCUCUGCAAAUCACGCCCAGCACCGGAGACAUCGGCCACCGAUCGGGAAGAGUCCUAUACGCGAGGGAAAAACUCAAGCUGUGGAACAGCAAGCGGACGGCGCUCACGUCGUUCAGCACAGAGUUUGUGCUCAACAUCCUCCCACAGAAUGGGACUGGAGAAGGUAUGGCUUUCAUACUCACAAACAAUCCGGAGCUACCCGGCAACAGCAGCGGGCAGUGGCUCGGCAUAGCCAACAACCAGACGGAUGGCUCGCCGGCGAACCGGAUCGUCGCCGUGGAAUUCGACACGAGGAAGAGCAACGGGGACGACCUCGACGGCAACCAUGUCGGGCUCGACAUCAACACCAUCAGAUCUAUUUAUUCGUACCCACUCAGCAAUCUUUCCGUCUUGCUGUCAAGCGGGUCUGAUGUAUGGGUUAGGAUCCAAUACGAUGGUACACAGCUGAGCGUAGCUGCAGUGCAGAAUUACACUUUCCUGCAGUACUGGGCCAUUGAUCUGUCACAGUUCCUAACGGAUGAUAUUAGUCUGGGUUUUGCAGCUUCAACCGGCGAGUUCACCGAAUUGAAUCAGAUAAAGUCUUGGAAUUUCAGCACACUAGGCGACACGUACAAUGAUAAACGGGGGCAUAUGAAGAAGCUGAAUUUGCUUCUCGCCAUCUUGAUCCUGUCCGCCAUAGCUGGAUCGAUGCUGGCAUUGUACGUGUGGAGAAGGCUGACACGGCAGAGAAGGCUAGCCUAUCGCAACCUCGAGAAGAUGAUCGACGCGCACGGCCCGAUCAGAUUUAAGUUCAGGGAGCUGAGGAAUGCAACUGCCAACUUCAGUUCCGACCGCAAGCUCGGAAGAGGCGGCUUCGGCACUGUUUACCUUGGCUAUGUGAACAGGAUGGACAUGGAGGUGGCCGUGAAGCGUGUGUCGACGAGCGGUAACUCCAGGAGAGGGGAGCAGGAGUUCGUCGCGGAGGUGAACACUAUCAGCAAGCUCUCGCACCGCAACCUCGUGAAGCUCAUCGGCUGGUGCCACGAGAGAGGAGAGCUGCUGCUCGUCUACGAGUACUUCCCCAUGUGCAGCCUGGACAAGCUCCUGUACGCCGAUGCCAGAGCAAGCGCGUCGCCGCCGGAGCUUACCUGGGAGCGGCGGUACACGAUAAUCUGCGGUGUGGCAUCCGCGCUCGACUACCUGCACCACGGGAACAGCAAGCGAAUCCUCCACCGGGACGUGAAGGCCAGCAACGUGAUGCUCGACGACGAGUACAACGCGCGGCUGGGCGACUUCGGCCUCGCCCGCGUCAUCCAGCGCAACGGCGCGACACACCACUCCACGCAGGCGGUCGCGGGAACCCGCGCCUACAUGGCGUACGAGAGCUUCUUCACCGGCCGCGCCAGCCUCGACACGGACGUGUACGCGUUCGGGGUCUUCGUCAUGGAGGUGGUCAGCGGGAGGCGGCCGAGCAGCUCCGUGUCGUACCGCGACAGCGACGACGUCCGCGACGAGCCAAGCACAAACAGGCGAGGGCAGCCUAUGUACAUCGUGGACUGGACGUGGAAGCUGUACGGCGAGGGGAGGGCGUUACGCGCUGUCGACGCGGCGCUGAACAGCGAGUUCGACCCGGUGCAGGUGGACUGCGCGGUGAGGCUGGCCCUGGCGUGCUGCCAUCCGAACCCGAGGCAGAGGCCGUCCAUGAGGACGGCGGUGCAGGUUCUGAUCGGUGGAGCUACGGCGCCAGAGCCCCCGUUCCAGAAGCCUGCGUUUGUUUGGCCUCCGCUCGGCGAACAUCAGGAGAUGGAGCUGCCGCAUGUCGGGCUGCUGUUCACGGGAGGGCAGACCAGUUUUUGUUACAUGACCUCCAGUUCCAUCACAGGAAGGUGAGUAAUCUGUGUUUGCACAUACAUGUGUUCUGCCAACCAACCAUUGUAUAUGUGUCCGGCCAACCAACUAUUGUUCGCCGUUUU